AUGACAGAAGAGAUGGAAACACCACCCGGCAUAAGAUUUGAUGACACCAUCAACAAGAGGAGCGUCGACGGAGUAGAGGCGCCAAAUGGAGGCACUUGCCAAGCCACGAUGCAAGCCAACAACCUGUAUCAGCAGUUCCAAAAGAAUUCGAAGAAGAGGGGUCUCUCAUUGGAGGAAAAAAGGGAGCAAAUGCUUCAAAUAUUUUACGAGAGUCAAGACUUCUAUCUGCUUAAAGAACUAGAGAAAUUGGGUCCUAAAAGGGGAGUGAUCAGUCAGUCUGUGAAGGAUGUUGUGCAAAGCCUGGUGGAUGAUGAUCUUGUCUUGAAGGACAAAAUAGGGACUUUUGUGUACUUUUGGAGUCUUCCAAGUUGUGCUGGGAACCAGCUGAGGAAUGCUUACAAUAAGUUGGAAUCUGAUCUCUCAAACUCUAAAAAGCGUUAUCUGGAGCUUGUUGAACAUAGAGACAACUUGAAAAGAGGCAGGGAAGACUCUGAAGAGAGAGAAUCAGCUCUGGAGGAGCUGAAGGCUGUAGAACUACACCAUAAGAAGCUCAAGGAAGAACUAGCUGCAUAUGCAGACAGUGAUCCAGCUGCAGUACAAGCAAUGAAGGAUGCUAUUGAUGUUGCUCAUUCAGCAGCAAACAGGUGGACAGACAACAUUUUCACUUUGCAACAAUGGUGUUCAACUACAUUUCCACAAGCAAAAGAGCAACUUGAACAUAUGUACAGGGAGGUGGGGAUAACUGAAGAUUUCGAGUAUCUGCAGUGAUGCCCAACAGCCUGUGCUAUUAAUAUUACGCCGUUGUAUAUAAUCAUCCUCGGUACAAACUGUUAUGUGAGCAGAUUGUGCAGUUACCUAACAGUAAAUGGUAUUUGCCUCCUAGACGUUUGUUACUGAAUGAGAUACCUUCAGAUGUCAGCAGAGAAAUGAUUAGCCUCAAGUAGGAUUGUCAUCUUCCUUUCAGACAAACACAUUCAUGUAAGAGAAUUACGAUCUGGUGAAGCAUGUUAAAACGUGGAACAAAUGGGGUCGGUGAUAUGAAUAAAAGCUCUCCGUCUUUGGCCCU